AUGCCUUCCCAGGGUAGCUCCAACAACUCGAGCUCCGGCUCUCAGGGCUACAACGUCACCUCCAGCGGCACCAACUCGCAGGGCAACCACUACUGCUCCCGCGACUACGGCUCCUCCGCCUCCAACUCGAACUCGUACCACUACAGCAAUACCGAUGGCAGCUACUACUACAGCAACCCGAACGGAUCUACCUACUACAACAACGGCAACGGCGGUAGCAACUACACCCCAGCCAGCAAGAAGUAG